GUCUUUAAUUGUUUUUCAAUAGAGCGAACAUGUAUGUUUAGCUAGUGCACGGAAAGUGGGAGUCAGUUUUGUCCAGGUUUUGUCCCUCUAGCGGCGGCUGUGAUCCGGGCAGCAGUAACCGUCCACAGCCGCUUCCUGUGGCUCAGACGGAGGGAGAGAGAGGGGGGAGGAAGGACGCAGAAUGGCGAACGUGCAGUGCUCCAAAUGCACGGCCGAAAGAAGAGGGUUUCGGCGGGAACUUGAUUCUUGGCGGCACAAAUUGAUACACUGCGUUGGGUUUGAAAGCAUUCUGGAGGGAAUCUAUGGCCCACUGCUGCUGAGGGACCUCCAUUUAUUUGAUGACUGCGAACCUGAUGAGUUGGAUGACUGGUCCCCAGAAACAAAUUGUGCUCAAUGUUCCUUCUGCAACCUUCCCCUCGACAAACUCAGCAGUGAUCAUGUACCUGCAGCCACCUCGCCCCUCUCCUCCCCCUCUGAUUACUCUCCCUGCCAGGCUCCAAACAUCUCUGAGAGCAACCAAUCAGCACACAGGUUUCUGCAAGCUGUGUUUUACAAGAAAGAUGUGCCCCUGGGCUGCGAUUCCAAAAUCCCUCUGGUUGCUCAGGAGCUAAUGAAGAAGAUGAUACAUCAGUUUGCCUUGGAGUACGCAUCCAAGUGCCUACAACACACCAGUACAAAUGGUGCUACAACAAGGACCUCAUCACCUCUGUCACAAACAUCAGAUGCCCCUCUGGACCUCACAGUGAGCCGAACUGGAAACGAAAAAGAGAGUGAAAGUGACCCAGAUGCCGUGCUCGACCUCUCCAACAGGAACUCUGCCUGCUCAGCAACUUCGUCAACAUCAUCUAAUAGAAAAGCUUCAGGCUUCCUGUUGUCAUCAUUUAAGGAAGAAUUGGGAGAUCUGGGACAGCGAGGGACUCAGCUCCGUCAGAGCUCUGCAUUAGGUGCUGUUCUCAGCUCAUUCUGCUCAGCACAUCGUUCCUUACUCUACCACAUCCUGAAGCUGGCAUGCCAGGAAAAAAAAACUGAAUCUCACUGCUCUUACUGUGGCGUAAACCAACACGAUAUUCUUACCCCUAAUGCAGUCCCUUUUAGUGAAUGUAAAGCCCAUAACAGCAACCUAUUCAACCCAUCAAUUGAUUCUGAUCAUCAAGGUCUUGGCAGCACAAUGUAUCAUCCAGGAGACUCCAAGUCAAAAUGUAGCAUCCAUCAAUUCUCUUUAACACACUGUAAAAGUGACACUCCUCUGGGCUCAAGCUACAGCUGUGUGCAGAGGUGCAGGAGGGAAACCUACACCGCUAUGUGCCCCAAGAGGCUGCACUGCAUUUCCGGCCAAAGCCUGGCUGUAGGUCAUAUUAACAACCUAGUGUGUUCAUUUCCAUCCUCUCCUUCGUUAUCCAAAUCCCCUUCAGUUUGCACUCCCUCCUCUAGUUUAUGCCCUUCAUCAUCGAUUUGCUGUAACCAACACAAACCCCACUCUUGUCCCUGUUAUUCAAACCAUGCCUGUCUGACGCAGGUCAGGAACUCAUUAGAAAAUGGGAUGGGAGAUGGUGAUCCUCCUUGUCCUGUCCUGAAGCGAGAGCAGAGCCCCUCUCCUCCUCCACUAUCUCCUAUCCCCUCAGACAUGGAUAAAAAAACUGAUGAAAAGCCUCCCUCUCUUCUUCACCAUAGACAAGAGAAGGAAACUGACCUAAUUGUUAAAGAUGGCAUGGCAAAUGAAAGCCAACAUGAAGCAGGUGUGGAUACAGCUACAGAAAUGGAGCGACACUGUAGCACACCAAGAAGUAUUCAGUCUGAGCAAAACCCAAGUGGGACUUCAUUGCAAGACGUUGUGAAUCGGUUUAGUGAGAAACUGGAGACAAUCAGACCUAUAGAAAAGGAUAUACCUCUGGUAUUCACAGCUGUUAAUGUGUCUACAAAGGAGCAGCCACAGUGUCCAUCAACAAGUCAGAACCUGCAGUUUCAGGCUGAUGCCCAUUUGACUGAAAUUAUCACAACAGUGCUUCACACAGGCAGUGCAAGUGACUACAAUCUCAGUGAGCUGUUCAAUCGUCAUGACAGCAAAGAGCCCAAGUCACCUAAUACUCGCUUACGACGACGCCAAGAAGUCCUUGCUGCUAUAGCAACACCUGCUGAUGAUGCUUCAACCAGAAGGCAAACCUUACAAAUUAAACGUGAGCUUGCAAUGUUUGACCGGUCUUACAGUAGAAAGAGGAUGCCACAAGCAAAAAGGCAAAGAUUGAAUGAUGGAAAUGUUGCUGCAAAUAAAUUACACACUUUAUCAGAUUCAAACCUAGUUAAAGAGGAUUCCAAAAAAGAAAUGGAACUGGAUGUUGAACCUACAGAGAACCAUAGUUUGAGGGAGGGACCAUUGAAUAUUCUCAUUGCAAAAAGUGACAAUGAAGUAAAAGAGGAGAUAAAAGCCUAUAUAGUUGCAGAAAAAGUUCAGAUCAUUAAAGCAGAGGAGAAAGUAAGGGAAAUAUCCUGUGGAGAAAAAGAUCUUACCCUCUCAGGCACUAUACCUACCCCUGUACUGCAGAGUACAUUUGACAAACGAGGCUUGAAGGGGGACAGUGUACAGACAAAGAAGAUGGCAAUGACUGCAACCUCAUCGAAACAGUGCAGCACGCCCGAUCGUAUGGUUGCUGGAAAUGAAAUGAACAGUGAUAACGAAGCCCACUCAGGUCAAAGCACUGAUUAUGACAAUAGACGAGGUAAAGACUCAAGGCGAUCCAGGAGACAUAUAGUGCCUCCACAGCGUUACUCUUCGUAUGUCACAGAGCCCCGGAAGAUGUUUUAUGUUUCAUGUUUCUCUGAAAACCCCUUCAACCAGGAAACUGAAAUUGACAAUGUUUUGACAUCUAGCCCAGUAGGUGCCUUAGCCAAAGAUCCAGACGCCGAGGACUCCAAACUGGAAUCAAGAAGUGAAGCCCCUUUGUCCUCAUUUCAAUCAACAGUGAGAGACGAGCGUAAAACAUCCUUCAAAGAAUCAAAAGGUUUUUCCACAAAUCAAGUCACUCCACUGGUCAAUGUGGCUGCAAAAGCAAAGAGUCCAACAAAACAAAUCCUGGACAAUGGGACAGAUGGCAGCAACUCUGAUAACAAGCUUUUUAGAAGACUGCGGUCAUCUCCAAAAAGAAUACAGUACUCAAAGACAGCUUCAAGCGCUCUCGGAAACCCAUCAAAUAUGGAUGUCCCAAUGAAGUCUUCUACCUGUGUUGAAAGCACUCCCAACUCCCAAUUCCAAUACACUAGUCCAAUAAAGCUUAUGUUUGUAUCACCAGUAAAGGAUAAGGAAGGGGUCAGAUAUAGUCUCAAAUCAGCAUCUUCCGGUUGUAGUGAACAGGAACCCUUUGACCCAUGUAUAGAGUCCUCAUGGUCGGGAUCAAAAAGUCAGACAACUAAGUUGAGUACUUCACCAGUAAAAUCUCUUUCUUCACCACUGAAAUCUGCUACUUCUCCUGCAAAAUCUACUUCAUCAACACCUAGGUCAGGUCCUUCACCAGCCAAGUCUUCUUCUUCACCAGCCAAGUCUGCUUCACCAGCCAAGUCUGCUUCUUCACCAGCCAAGUCUGCUUCUUCACCAGCCAAGUCUGCUUCUUCACCAGCCAAGUCUGCUUCUUCACCACCCAAGUCAGCCUCUUCACCAGCCAAGUCAACUUCUUCACCCAAGUCUGCUUCAUCAUCACCUAAAACAGGUUCCAGAAGGUCAGGCGAAGUUACUCCGUCUAAGCAUGUGGAUGUAACUGAAAGCCAGAGAUCACCAGGUGACUCAAUUUCUUUCUUUGAAACCACUCCAAAAAGGCGUCCAGGUCGGCCAAAGAAGCUUGGGCCACAGCUUGAGCAAAAGGCAAAGAGGCCAAUUGGUCGACCACGGAAGGAGAAAGCUGUGGAUUCAGUAGUGGGGGAAAAAACUGUAAAUGGAAAAUCCAUUAUAACAUAUGACACUGAGGAAAAUGUUAACAAGAACUUAAAAAUAACAGUCGUGUUUGGCCGUUCUAGGAGAAACAAACGAACAGUGGCCGAGGGAUUUGACCAGCUGCAAACAGAAUUCCAUGAUGCUUGUCAAGCAGUGGGCCUUAAAAGUGAUUUGAGUAUUUUAGUGCACAGCUCCAAGACCAAUUCAGGUAGCAUCGAAAAAGCAUCAUCAGAAUUGUCUGAUGAAUUAAGUUUUGUCAGUCCUCUUAAAGAGUCUGCCCCUCAAUCUAGCAGUACCAUCAAAUGUCAGAAACGGGAUGAUUUUGCACCCUCAAGAAAACCAGGUAGACCCGCAAAAGUUAAAAUCUCUGGAAUCUCAGUCACAGUAACAACAGUGUCUCCUCGUCAGCGUAAAAUCCAGAUAAAUAAGGAUAAUCGGCAGUCUCCUGAAACACUAAUUCCUAAAAAAGUACUCCUACCAGAAUUCAAAUCUGCCAAUGAACCCCGGACAAUCAGCCGUCAGUCAUCCAGCAAGAGCAGUGAAAGUGAAGAAGGCAUUGAAACACAGGAUGAAAAUAAGGACAAAUUGCCAAAGCAACCUGUAGCACUGCGUCACUCAAUGAGAGUAAGAAAGCCUUCAAUCCACUUUCUGCAUGCUGUUGCCACUUCCACCUCUAGAUCAUACAGCCACAGCAAUGCUCUGCUACGGCGCUCCAAACAACUUCUGCUAAACAAGGCCAGCAAUGAAAGGAGACAAGGGGAGCAACCGAGUAGUGUGGAGAUUUUAAGAGAGAGAAGACGGCCCUGUGAACAAGAGAAGAAUAACGUCUCUCAAGACCUUGGCAGAGUGGCCGGGGUGUCUGUAGAUUCAAUCUUUUCUCCAAGGGAGACGCUAAGGUGGUGGACACCAUCAGCUGAGGAAAAGACUAUGAGUCAGGAGCUUGCCAGGCGAAUACGAGUCAUUUCUGACACUUGGGUCUCAAACAAUGGGGAAAACCAAGAGAAAGAGACUGCUUUUAAAUCUAAACUUGGCACUAAAGGCAAGAGUUCAUUUACCAGGAGGUCAAAACAUUCCUCUGUGGUACGAACCCUGUUCGACUGUCCUCCUGACGAACCAAGGUCCUGUAGUAUGCAGCAGGUCUGCUCCUGGUUUAUGAAGACCACAGAGACAAAGUCCCUUUCUAUUGUCAAGAAGGCAAGCUCACGUAAUUCUUACGAACUUAUGCAUUUCCCUCGUUCUACCAAUAAAGAAAGUGUUUGCCCGAGUCCUCAGGCACAGCGACUGCACAAACACAUCAAAAAAUUUGCCAAAACUGUGCCAAAAAGUCCUUUGCAACAUCAACAAGCUCAAAGAAGUUUGAGGAAGAGAAAUGAGAAGAUAAGGCGACAACUUUUUGCCUCAGGCCGGCGCAAUCAAGAAACCCGAUGGUGGAGAAGCAGAUCAUUUGGCAAAUAUCAGACCACUCUACUUAGAGCAAAGACAAUGUUCCUAACCCGAAAAGAAAGGGAGAGGUGGCGAACGAAGCAGAGGAAUAAGAAAACCAUAAAAGUAGCUACAAGUUCAAAUGGACACAUAGUGACUGGACCAAAACGUAAAGCAUUACGCAGAUCAGCAAGAGAUCAGUUAUCUGACUGUUUGGAAAACAGUAACCAAACACAGGAGCCUGCGGAUGUACUUAAAGAGCACAACAUCUGCUCCAAAGCCUGGAGUCCUGAGACACUGAAGGAAUGCAGAGUGUUUCUGAGGAAGAUUAACUCCCCGGACAAUGAGUCAGCUGAGGAAGAGUGGGACUCUUGUACUGUGACACUGGAUGAUGGGUCACCUUCGUCAUACCUCUUGGCAGGAAGGAAGAAAGAACUGGUAGGAGUUGUUAAAGCUGUGAAAACUGAAAGAGAAAGGAGUACCAUCUCAAAAGAGCAAGCAGGUUCUGCACCUAAAUCAGUCCAGGUGCAGGAUGAUGUGCCAGUGAGGAGGAGGAAUGGCAAAUACAAAAGGUCUUUGGUUACUUCUACUGAUCCACCGCCACCACCACCAGCGAAAAUGUUGAGACAAUCGCGAGUGAGAGGCCUUUCCGGGCCGAGAUGGUGCGACUUUGUUUUUGAAAACUAAUUGAAGCCUGAAUCCUCCUCCGACCUGGGGAAGGGACUGUGGUUUAACGUGGUGCCUUUGGACAUUGAGCUGACCACAAGGACUGACCAUCCCGCUAUGGUGCAGUCUUACACUCAGCAAUUAUGUAGCAGUCUAACUUAACAAAAGCUUGAUGUUGCACUAUUUUUAUCCAUGGAUAUAUAUGUACAGAAAUGUCUUCUCUUUUUUUGCGUUUUUCGUUCUGUGUGCGUAUAGUAGAACAAAUCUUUACGGAAUAGAGAGUUUUUGGGGAUAUGUGCUUAAAACAGUGAGCCAUGUCAGAGUAGCUGUAAUGAAAGGAAAAAAUAGUGCCAUCUCCCCCAAAACAUACCUCAAGGCCACCACUUCUUCUAGACAAUGCCCUUUUAUUGUAAAUGUUCAACAGCCCUAAAACCCCCCAAAAUUAAUGUAAUACUUUUUUUUAUUUAUAGUCACCCUUACUUUGGCACUGUUUAAAUUAAUAAAUGCUUAUUUAAUAUAAUACGUUUUUUAGAUUGUGGUAAAAGAUUGUUGAAACCUAAUUUUAUUUUCCUAAUCCGAGCCCUGUUUGCAAUAUAUUUUUUGAAGCUUCAGUCACUGUUGUAUUGCAAGCCAGCAGCCAAAAUGUAGUAUGAAGGAAGGACUCUUCAUCUCUUUAAAGAAGCCCCAUUUCUACCCCAAUCACUCUGUAAAUGGGCUCCAACUAUGACAUUAUGUAUUUAACUACAAUAAUUGGCAAUCCACUUGUACUAAAACCAAAUAUUAUAUGUCAGUUUUUGUUUUUGAGUUCAUUUAAAACAAUAUCUGCAAAUCUUGGCAACAAACAGCCAUUAAUCCCAACAUACAUGUUUAAACUGACUAAAUAUACAGCUCCACACAAUGCUGUCAUAUGUGAAGAGAUUUAGAGGUGAUGCAGUUUUAGAGAGAAAGUAGGUAGAUUCUUAUUCAUGUGUUGGUUUGUGGGAUAUGUCUCGUUUUAUUCAGUUAUGUGAAUGUCGUCUUGUUUUCACCCAAAGCAGAUGCUGUAUGUUAGUGUCGGACCUACUCCUUGCACUAUUUAAUCUGAGAUUAUUAACCCCACUACAGAUUCCUCCCCUAUAUUUUGCACAUCCUGUGUCCCACUACCAAACCCUACUGUAAAACUAGAGAAUCUAUUUGGUGCAAUACCAACCCAGAUGAUUUAUCAGUAUGUAGUAAUUAUUUUAUUGCUGACAGAUGAAUGGAUGUACACAAUUACCAAUGGCCUGGGAUGUUUCUUCAGUUGCAUAGCCAUGUAAUGUGAUUUUAGAGGAUAUUACAUACUUAAGUUUUUUCUCCCACCUGCUUUGUUCUCCUCAUGAAGCCGACAAAUAACAGAUCCUUAAUUGUUAUAAUAGCAUUAAAUUGUUUAUCAUAAAUGUACUAGCAUUAUUUACUGUUAAAUGCAGGUGGAAUAUGUGUUGCUGUUUUCUCUAGAGUUUCUGUGUUUGCAGCAAGAGACGCCUACCUCCACUGGUGCUCAGCUAAGACUAUUUUGCUUAUCAACUGAAUGAUAAACAUGCCAGAUUGAUGAUCGGUUAACACUAAUCUUGGAUCAUUAUAGUGUGAAGAGUGCAGGUAGAUCCAAGAUGUCAAAGCUUAAACCUGUAGUGUGUGUGUUGUGUCUGACUAUCCUUGUAUGUGUGUCACUGUGGUUGCCCUUUCAACACGAGGGA